AAAAAAAAAUACGAACACAAAUAUGUCACAAGCAGUGGAGAGCAGCGGGAGCUACAAGCCGCCGGAUCUGAGCUACACACCUGGUGACUUUACGGCGCCCGAGUACCGUUUGCCAUCGCACCAGCUGCUGCUGGAACAGAAGCUGGAUCGCCAGCUGGGCGUGGAGCGUGAGCUGCCGCUGAACCGUUUAUAUCUGCAGGAGCACGAGAGCAAAGCGGGGGACAAAUACAGAGCCACGGCGGAGGGAGCACGUGAGGUGAGCUCGGCGGUGGGCAGACAGUUUCCGUCUUUGGCUGCGGCCCAAGCCAGAUACACGGGACACUUGAAUCAAAGUAGCAGCUGCGAGAGCGAUUUGCUGCAGGGCGACGAUUUUGGUUUUGUGCCUGGCAAGGAUCUCAUCUCGUUGCCGGUGCUCAACAGGGAGCCACAGCGAGACCCCCAGCGGGAGCGGGAGCAGAAGAUGCCACUGCAUUCGAUUACGGAGAAGCCCAACGAGCGUUGUCCGUCGCCUGUGGUGCCGGCCUAUGCCAACUUUGAGCUGGCCAAGCGCAUGCAUCACGACAAUCUGGAUCAUCAGCCGCUGCCGGAUUGCGUGGCGGAUCUGGCGUAUCGCAAGGCGCAGAUUAGCGGCAGCCAUGGUGGCCUAGCGCUGGACAUUGAUCCCAUUGCCACGGGCGUGGGCGUCAAGACGCACAAUGCUGGUCCGACGCACUGCACCAAGAUGAAAGUGUUUCGACCCAAGACAGGUGGUGUGCUGCCCAAGGCGCUGGCUGGUGACAACUAUCGCGGCGUGGGCUCGGCGCCUGCUAAGAAAAUGGGCGCCAUGGAUUUGGCCAUAGGCUGGGACUUUAAGCCCGCCAAUCCAGCGGAUGAGCCGCGUCUGGCGCGGCACAUUGAUGGCAGCAAUGAUACGGCCGGUCCCGCAGUCUUCACCUGCGUCAAAACGCCACGCGAGGAGCAAUCCAAUGCCGAGCUGGGACGCUCUGCUGGCGUCUUUACCAGUACCUUGGGCGAGCCGGAUUUCUUCGACAAGGACAUACUGCGCCGCAAAACGGACUUUGCCGGACGCCCGGUGGAGCGCAACGACAACUGCGCCUGCGACUACGAGCGUGCUCCGCCCAGAGCGCGCAGCGUCUCGCGCGACUCCAGCGCCUCGCAUUGCCGGCGUGCUCCAGCUCCAAGUGCAGGCUAUGGCCUGCCCAGCAAUCGCAUGGCCAAGCAGUAUCAGUCCUCGCCCAUGCUGGGCGACAAGACCUACCAGGCGUUGCGCGAGAAAUAUCUGGGACCGGACACUGAUGAUUGCCAUGGCUCCGGUCUACAGCUGGGCGGCUGUCAUGGCGGUGGUGGUGGUGGUGGCCGUGGAGGUUCACCGCACUGCAAGCGAGAUCAGCUGUUGCGUCGUCCGGCGCGUCGUCUUUGCCAUAAGGUGGCGCCCGCACCCAAGUGCUGUCCAUCUGCCCAUGGUGGACAUGGACAUUGUUUAACCAGCAAGGCUGCCUUUCGCGCCGGCAUGCCCAAGCUGAAUGCCUCGGGCGACUUCAUAGGUGUAUCCUCGCCCAGUUGCGGCGCUGCCGGUCGCGUGCUCGUUGUGCCGCGUCCUCGCCAGCCGUAUGCCAAGAAGAACUAUGACAUUGAUACGCUGGUGCCGCCAUUUCGCAGCCAAGGCGGCGGCGCCGGCCAGGGUGGCUAUCCGGAGCACUGGCGUCUGGCCAGCGUCUAUCAGCAUGCCUACAAGCCCGUGGAGCAGCGACGCCGUCCACUGUUGCAAACUGUCUACAAGUAGUCGGAGGACGAGACCAUCGUUAGUUAUAUGUUGACACACACUCUGUUCUACCCCCAAUCCUCCCACAUACACAUACAGAUCAACUGUAUUUUUGACUAAAUUAAGCCGCAAAGUUGUAUGCCACUUUGAAAAUUAUUUAAAUUAAAUAAAAUUGAUUAGUAGAGAGUUGCAAAAA